CUUACAUAAGUCAUAACAUAUCGUUUGUCUCGAGGUUUCGUGAUCUCGACUUUAUUUAAGUAGAGGACUUAUUCUUGUCGAUCGCAGCUGGAACCAUCCAUACUUGCUUGUCAUGCAAAUGGCUCUACCAUAGAUGACUGUCGUCUGUAAACGCCCUUCAAUGUCCCGAACAGUGCUUGCACCGGAUAACACCGGUCUAUUACCGACUUCCCGAUUUGAGGCUGCGCCAAGUCUUAGCCUUUCUCAGUAGUGAAAGCCUGAAACACCUGAAAAACUCAACUUACACCCCGACUUUCACUAUCCCGACCACUUUCCUUCUGUUUUUCUUGUAGUAAUAAUGCUGGCCACCACUGCCGUUCGUCGUUCCACUGCUGUCUUUCGUAGUACAGCAUCGCUGUCGACGUGGGGUGCCGUGCCCGCCGGUCCACCCGACGCAAUCUUGGGUAUCACGGAGGCCUUCAAGGCCGACAAAGAUCCCCGCAAAAUUAAUCUAGGCGUGGGUGCCUACAGAGACGAAAACGGAAAGCCGUACGUCCUGAAUGUAGUAAAGAAGGCAGAGGAAAGGAUUGCAGCUGCUAAAAUGGACAAGGAAUACCUUCCCAUCACCGGUCUUGCAUCUUUCACCCAGAAUGCGGCGAAGCUUGCCUACGGCGCAGAUAGUGAGCCCUUGAAACAGAACGCGAUCGCUAUUGCACAAUCCAUCUCCGGAACUGGAGCUCUUAGAAUUGGUGGUGCUUUCAUGGCAAGGCAUUACCCCCACAUUAAAGCUAUAUACCUCCCCACCCCGACCUGGGGAAACCACAUACCUCUCUUUAAAGAUUCUGGCCUAGAAGUGCACCGUUAUAGGUAUUUCGACAGCAAGACCGUGGGUUUGGACUUUGCGGGUAUGAAGGAGGACCUCAAGAAUGCACCUGAGGGCGCUAUCGUGUUGCUCCACGCUUGUGCACACAAUCCUACCGGGGUCGACCUCACACAACAGCAGUGGAAGGAACUGUCCGACCUCGUCGCCGAAAAGCAGCUCUUUCCAUUCUUUGACAUGGCUUACCAGGGUUUUGCUUCCGGGUCCACGGAUCGUGAUGCAUUUGCUGUCCGUCAUUUCGUCUCACAAGGUCACCGCAUUGCUCUCUGCCAAUCAUUUGCUAAAAACAUGGGUCUGUAUGGUGAACGGGUGGGCGCGUUCUCGUUGACGACACAGAACGAAGAAGAGAGGAAGCGAGUUGACAGUCAAAUUAAGAUCAUCAUUCGUCCGAUGUUCUCGAAUCCUCCGCUUCACGGUGCCCAUAUUGCCAACACCAUUUUGUCUGACCCGGAACUUUACCAGGAAUGGGAAGGUGAAGUGAAGGGUAUGGCUGGCCGCAUCAUCAACAUGAGAGAAAGGCUGUAUGAUCUUUUGACUCAUGAAUUGAAGACUCCAGGAGAGUGGGGUCACAUCAAGAGCCAGAUUGGCAUGUUCAGCUUUACUGGACUACAGACUGAACAAUGCAAAGCUCUUGCGGAGAAGGCACAUAUUUACAUGACGAUGGACGGACGUAUCUCGAUGGCUGGCUUGAACGGCAGUAACAUCGAGUACUUCGCUCAAAGCAUGAACGCUGCAGUUAGAGGCAACCUGUGAUUUUCCUGGAAUAGAUGCUGAUAAUGUUAUGGCUUUCAUAUUAUUUAUUUCCCUUGGGAGGACUUGCUACUCAGUGAAAUGCAGUAUGCAUCGGGCACCCAGCACCAGCACCCCUCGAAUUUUUGAACGUUGAUGGUGGCGAAUCACUUGAUUGCGUGCCGUGUCUCUGCACG